AUGGAGGAACAGGAUCCCGGAAAUGAAGCUAGUCCUGUGGAGAUUUCUUCCACGAGUACCUUGCCUCCUCCCGUGAGGGCAAGCAUUACUCUACCAUCGUUGAUGGAGGCUAUUCCUGAGUUUCGAUCUCAUACUCCUUCCCGGAAAUCUAUGAGCAAGCCUCGUGGGUUGACGAGUAUAAUCUCGCCGACUGCCCUUCCACCUCAUCCAUUUGGAAGCCCGGUGUCUCCAGGAAGGACGAUCCCGAAUGCAGAGGUUAACCUUGGAACACUUCAAUCACCUAAGAGAAGAAGACUAUCCAUCCGAACAUCGGUUGGGGUCCCUUAUCCACAGACUGAAGCCCAGCGUGAUGAACUCCGUGAACAACGAAAGCAUGUUCCACUUACUCCCCACAGCCGGGCUGCUUCUGUCUCAGGAUCUUUUCAAAUGAAUGAAAGAAGCUUGAGUGCAAGCAUUCUUCCAUCCUUCCCACAGCUUCACCAAUCGUCGAUGGCUGGACAAAGGCAUUUCUCCAUGGUUAGCCCACGAGCGACAACAUACGAUCUUCCAAUCACCCCUGCUUCUUCCGACCGACCGCCAUUUGGAACUCCUUAUAUGUCCGAACAAACUCCAAUUUUCACAUCACCUUUCGAGAAGGAUAGACAAUACCAAUCUGGUUCUCUGAACGAAGUUCUUCAUGGCGCUCACCAAAACCACAACAUUUUGCAACACAAACUCAGUCCGACAUCUCCCAACCACUCCCUCCCAUACCCAAGCUCGAUGUAUCCUAGUUCCAGAAUGGCGGCUCCCUCGCAAGACAGGUCGCCGUUUUCUAGCAGUCAGAUGCCGCAUCCAUCUCAGAUGGAACACUCUGAUCCAUAUGAUCAACUCAGAGGCGGCAAGCGACGAAGAGGAAAUCUACCAAAGCAGGUUACAGACCUUCUACGAAAUUGGCUGCACGCUCAUCUUCAUCAUCCUUACCCUACCGAAGACCAAAAGCUUGAACUUGUCAACCAGACCGGGCUCACAAUGAACCAGAUUAGCAAUUGGUUUAUCAAUGCUCGGCGACGAAGGCUGCCGGCUUACAACCCUCCAAACAAUUCGGCACGCAGCGACAUGGAUGCAAAAGGGCAUUUGGCCUAUCUGAGGCCCACUGAUAUCCGCCCCAGCGUAAGCGGGGCUCCAUAA